AUGGCCAAUCAGAGAAGCGGAGCUGUGGCGCCGCCAGCACUCGGCGACAGAAGCACUGGGUCGGCCCGUGCACCGAGCAGUGCUGUCUCCCCAGCCACCGGAUCCACGGUCCGCCGGGUGCCCGAGCUUGGGGUGGGUGGUCUCGGUUCCGGAGUGACAUCGUCAUCGACCUCGACGUCAAAGCUUCCCCGCAGGCAGAAGCAAGACAAAAGGGCUCAACAAACACACCGGAGUAGCGAUGUUCGUGUCACUCCAGAGGCUGCUUCUCGCUUAAAGGACCCACCGGAGGAGCCUGCAGGACUUCACACCCCUCUUGCGCUGAGCACUCGCAGCAAGAAGCCUGCCAUCGUCUAUGACAAAGGGCAUAGAUGGGAAGCAUAUGAGAUAGAAAUGUCGCGAAACCGACCACGAGGCGCCGCCAGGGACAAUGGCCAGGCCGCCAACGAGGAGAUCGAUAUGUGGAACAAGAUCGUCGCCGACCUGACCAAGGCGAAGGAGAAAAAUGAUCGGCAAAAGGUGCUCAGCCAGAAUAUUGGGGCCUUGAACGAAAAGAUUGGGAAGAACGGUAGUAAGCCGAGCAUGGAUGAAAUUGACCAACUCGACAAGUGGCACCGCGAGCUGAUGAAGCUGGCCGAAGAAGAGAAAGACAUACUCACAAACGAGCCAGCAGAUGUUAUCAAGAAUGUGGAAAUCCUCAUGGCUUUGCGCUCAGCGUCGGAAGCCGAUCCCCACAGUCGUGCAGCCUCUGGGAAACCGCGGAAGAGGAAAACCGACCUUGACAACGGUAUUCCGGAUUCCCCAGGGCCCAGUACGGGUCCCGUUUCCGAAAAGCUAAACCGCCUCAAGAGCAGUGCCCAGCGAAGUGCAAGCGUGUCGAGCGCCCAAACCCGCGAAUCUGCUAAAGGUGAUGAAGGCACCGAAGGCAUCAAGGGUACCAAGGGCACCGCCGCUGAGAAAGGAGGGCAACUGUUCGUUGGCGCUGAGGUGGUCUUCAAGCAUAACAAGAAACAGCAAGGCGUUGAAGGUGAAGGCAUCCAGUGCAUCAUCAAAAACAUUACCGGGGACGGGCACAAGAAGCGGUAUGACGUCCAGGAUCCGGAGCCGAUUGAAAAUGGAGAGGAGGGCGCAGUUUACCGGACAACUGCUGCUUCUCUCAUUCCGAUUCCACAGAUUGGAACAUCUCUUCCCGUAUUUCCGCCUGGCAAGCAGGUCCUCGCACGAUAUCCAGAUACAACCACUUUCUAUCGAGCUGAGGUCAUGGGCUCCAAAAAGGACGUCUAUCGACUGAAAUUUGAAGGCGAGGAAGAUGAUAAAGAAAUGGACGUCGACCGCCGUUUUGUCCUCGACAUUCCCGGGAAAUAAGGCUGUUCACAUGGUAUUGUUAGCCUCUAUUAUUAUUAUAUGUAUUUUUGACAUUUGACCUGAUGCGUUGGCGUUUAAUAUUUUUGGGGAUGGUGGGAAAUCAAGUUGAUGUUUGGUGUUGGUGGCUCAGGAUUGAUAAUUGCUGGUAAAAUCUUUUGGAUAAGCAUUGUCGGUAUCCUUUGUUAACACUCAGGUGUUUUUGGGCCAUAC